AUGUUGUUGAAGGAUAUUCUUUUAUUAGCCACAGUAGCUUCUCUUGUUGAGGUCACAAGUGCUUGGUCUCCAACAAAUGGUUACGCACCAGCUACAGUCAAUUGUGAUAAAAGUAUUAAUCUGACCAGAGCUGCCUCUGGCUUAUCCGAAUCCGAAUCCUCUUGGUUACAAAAGAAGGACGCUUCUACAAGGGAUGCGUUGCUAACCUUUUUAACUCGUUCUACUAAAAACUUUAGUGAUACAUCCAUUUUAGAAGCUUUGUUCAAGAAUUCUUCUGAUGUUCCUAGAGUCGGUAUUGCUGCUUCAGGUGGUGGUUAUCGUGCUAUGUUUGGUAGUGCUGGUAUGGUCGCUGCCAUGGAUAAUAGAACUGAAGGUGCCAACGAGCAUGGGUUAGGCGGUCUAUUACAAGGUACUACAUAUCUAUCUGCUCUAUCUGGUGGUUCUUGGUUCGCAAGUACAAUUAUAUUCAAUAAUUGGACCUCUGUUCAAGAAAUUGUUGAUCAAAUGAGUGAUACUGAUAAUUCUAUCUGGAACACUGUGCAAUCUCCUUUCACCCCAGGUGGCACCAACAGCACCAUCACUACUGAAAGAUAUACAAACAUUACUUCUGCAGUUAAUGAUAAAUAUGAUGCUGGUUUCCCUGUUUCUCUAGCAGAUGUAUGGGGUCUAGCCUUUGCUUAUUCUUUCUUUCCAACUUUACCUCAAGGUGGUGUCGGUUACACUUGGUCUACGUUACAAGAAAUUGAACAAUUCACUAGUGCUGAAAUGCCUUUCCUAAUCGAAUUGACAAAAGUUCAAAAGGCUAAUGGUGAUCUAGUUGAUUUAAACUCUCCAACAGUCGAAAUCAACCCAUUUGAAAUCGGUUCUUGGGAUCCAUCUAUCAACAGUUUCAGUGAAGUUAAAUAUUUGGGUACUAAUGUUACUAAUGGUAUUCCUAUCGUUGAAGGGAAAUGUGUUGAAGGUUUCGACAAUGUAGACUUCUUCUUUGGAACAUCCAGUAAUUUAAUCGAGUACAUCGAUGCUUCUAAUGUCACUUCAUACAAAUUCCUUGUUAAUGAAUUAGCAACCUUAUUUUUAGGUAACCAAAGUAAGAGUACCACACGUGAUAUGUCCUUAUAUUCUCCAAACCCAUUCAAAGGAACAAACUUCUACGACAAAUCAAACGGCACUGUCAGUGAAUUUGUCACUGAUGAAGAAUUGCUAAUGAUUGAUGGUGGGUCAGAUGGUCAAACCAUUCCAUUCACCCCCUUGAUGAGAAAAGAACGUAAUGUGGAUGUUGUAUUCGCAUUAGAUUACAGUUCCGAUGGUUCAGAUAGUUAUCCAAAUGGGGUGUCCGUUGUUAACUCAUACGAACGUCAAUUCUUAGAUAUUGGUAAGAAUGAAGCCUUCCCUUAUGUUCCUGGUGUAGACGCUUUUGUUGAACUCGGCUUAAACAAGCGCCCUGUUUUCUUUGGCUGUAACUCUACCAAUUUGACUGAUUUGGCAUAUAUUCCUCCUUUGGUUGUCUACUUACCUAAUGCAGAAUACACCUAUGCCUCUAAUGUCAGUACUUUCCAACAAUCCUUUGAUAUCACUGAGCGUAAGGAACUAAUUCAAAACGCCUUUGAGGCAGCUACAAUGGGUAAUAUGACUAAGGAUCCAGAAUUCUUAAGCUGUGUCGGUUGUGCAGUUAUGAGACGUAAACAAGAACAACAAGACUUAACAUGGCCCGAAGAAUGUGAAAAAUGUUUCACUAAAUAUUGUUGGGAUGGCUCCUUGACUAAGACCACUUCUACCUCAGUAUCUAAUAUCACGUCCACUAUAUCCAACAAUGCCACAUACUCUAAUACUACUCAAAUAAGUAAUACUACUGCCGUUGCAACAACAAACAGAAGUUCAUCCAUAUCUUCCGUAGAUCGAUCUACAAGUACUACAUCUUCUUCUAAUUCCAGUACUGCCGUAAGUUCUAAGAAUUUUGGUACUAAUCUAAAUAUCAAUAGAACAUUUUUGUUGUUCACAUUCAUGAACAUGUUCUUUAAUAUGAUCUAA